AUGGCAGUUUACGCUCACAUCAACACGUGUCUCACGAGUGACAAGAAUUACAGUGAAAUUGUGUGCAAAUCACAGCCAAAGGCAUCACUCCAUGCAAUACAUUAUGAGACCAAUGAUUGCGUCCGUCUUAUGGCCACAAACGCCAAGCGAGAAGACAAUCACCACUUGCUGUCCACCCAACAGAUCCAUCAGUUGAAUGCCAGCAAUAAUUUGCUACUCUUUAGCCCCAAAUGGGAUCAAAUGUAUGAUGUCUUCUACAAUAGUCAACAAAUCAGUCCACAACCCGACCAUCCAGUCGAUGAUAAGCCAAACCAUAGGACUGAUGAUGAGAUGAAAGUGAAUGCCGACCACAAAGACACCCAUUUGUUGGACACAAGCCAUGAGUGGAAACCUAUCGACAAACUAAACGCUCAGACAUUAGUUAAAUAUUACACACAAUUAGCUAAACUGCGGCUGACCGGUCUGGUAGUGUUGACCACAUUAUCCGGCUAUUAUAUGGGUCUUCAGACACCGAUAGACCCCUUAAUACUGACGGCAACUCUGGUGGGAACGGGUCUGACGUCCGGAUCGGCCACAGCUAUCAACCAAUACCUGGAAAUACCGUUUGAUUCGCAGAUGAAGAGGACGCAGAACCGACCGCUCGUUUUGGGCCGAAUCAGUGGACUCCAUGCCAUGGGCUUCGCGGGGGUGUCGGGACUGACAGGCCUGGCGUUGCUGUCGUACGUGAACCCAUUGACGGCAGUGUUGGGCGCAUCCAAUCUGAUCCUCUAUUCAUUCAUAUACACGCCGAUGAAGAGGGCGCACAUCGCCAACACAUGGGUGGGCGCAGUGGUGGGCGCCAUACCUCCCAUCAUGGGCUUCACGGCCGCCACCAAUUGCAUCGACAUGUCGGCCGUACUGAUGGGUCUGGUGCUGUAUUCGUGGCAAUUCCCGCACUUCAACGCCUUGUCCUGGAAUAUGCGUCACGAGUACGCGAGGGCUGGCUUUCGCAUGAUGUCUGUCACUGAACCCAAGCUCUGUAUCAAUACAGCGCUCCGGCAUUCGUGUCUUAUACUCUUGUACAGCACUAUUAUGUGCACAACCCUUACCACCUGGACCUUUGGCAUCGACUCCCUCCCCAUCAACCUCUACCUCAUAUACCUGUCCUACAAAUUCCGGGCCAAUCCCGACGCCAAGUCUUCGCGAAAACUAUUCUUUUAUUCAUUGAUUCAUUUGCCGGCAAUUAUUCUGUUGAUGUGUAUCAGCAAAAGGAGGCCUCAAAGUAGUGCUAAUAAUGUGAAUACAGUUAAUGAUAGCAAACAAUCAGUGGCCGGAAAUAGUUAACACUAUUUUGUUGAAUUAAAUUAUUUGUUUCAUUGAUUAAGAACUCAAUGUUUUAGUCCAGUU